AUUUCUUUUCAAUAAACCUACUUCUUUUCAACCAUGCCCAAAGAAAAGACCAAGAAGACCUCUCGUGCCAUGUCGCCCUAUAACCAGUACAUGAAGACGGAACUGGCCAAGAUCAAAUCAGAAAACCCUGGCAUGGAACAUAAGGCUGCAUUCAAAAUGGCGGCUAAAAACUGGGCUACUGCAAAAGAAAAUCCAAAGCGAAAAGAUGCCAAAUAAUCGGCUCCCGUGUCAUUGCAAAAAGAAAAAACAACAUACGAAACAGUAUAACCUCACUUGUAUGCGCACUCAACCGAUCCUUUGCACAUCACGAUGGCCAAGCUUCCGCCCGUGUCACAUCCAUCAUACCUAUAAUACACGCUCCAAUAAAAAAAACACUUGAAAAUUGAUAAUCC